AUGUUCAUCCUUGCCAAGUCACAUGCUAAUUGGUUACAGCGCCGUCGAGAGCGAGGACGACGCUCACAGGCAGCAUUUCGCAAGCGUCAGGCCAAGUCCACUCAAGCACUCACAGAUCAAAAUUGUCGUCUUCGAAAUGGAGUUCAGCUACUGCUCGAUGAAGCUCGGGGUGAUGAAAGACCUGAGAUGCUCGACAUCUUACGGGAUUUAGCUGAUGCGGCUGAUCUUAACAUCCCAGCAACAUUGUCAAGCAAAGCUUCAACAACAACAACUAAAUUGACAAACACAACUCCAGAAGAUUUCGAUACUUUUAAAACAAGUCUAGUACCAAGCCAGAUCAUUGACGUACCGUUGAACCUGAAAACCUUCCCCGCAGCAUCUACCACCCAAUAUCGUCUGGAUUGCAGUGUAUGGCUAGAUCCCUUGCACUACCUCCGUGUCUCAAUCCCACCUCAAGACCUUCUUCCGUAUAUCGGUCCAGGCGCAGAGACCUUUGCGGGACUUCUCUUUUGGUCCGUCAUGGAGCACAGUCAGAGCGGCUGCCUGCGCCAUGAUGUUGUCUCCAACGUAAAGGCAUGCCUCGGCCACUCCUCUGUCACCCGCGAUAUCAAACCGACAUUUAUCCAAACAAUGGCGAGGGCAAGAAUAGAGUACAAAAAGACUGGUUCCAUUAGUCAGGAACAUGCCGUGGCUGGGGAAGAUGAUUUGGGCUUGGUAUUAUCUCGGUUUGUUUCGGAGAUGGACCUCGCUGGGAUGUGA